AAAUGAGAUAUUAUGAAGAAAUGGCAAAUGAUAAACUUAAACUAAUAAAUGGUUAAGAAGGAAUAGAUUAAUUUGUUAGACCAAUGUUUAAAGUAAAAGUUAGAAAUAAUUGUGCUUUGAUGAAGAGAGAACCAUAAUAAGAAAAAUCAGAUAUAGUAUUAAUAUAGAUUUAUUUUAAAGGAAUAUUAAUUUUAUAAGAAGUAAGAAAAAAAGGCAUUUGAAUAGUUUAAGAAAUUAUUUAAAGAUAGAAAUUGUUCAUAUGCUUAAGUAAAGACUUUUUUUGAUUAAAAAACUAUUGGAUCUUAGAACUAUAUAGAUAGAGAUUCAUAUUUUAAAUUGUUUUUCAGAUUUCCUUCAUAAUUAAAAAAUAGUGAGGUAUCUUAGAGUAUAAGUCAAUAACAGCCAAGCACAUCAAGGACUCAAUAUAGAUUGACUACUUAACCUAAAGAAGAAUAAGAAAAGAGUACUAAUUUUUCAACGAAGUAAAGAACAUAGUAGAUUUUAUCAAAAUUGAAAUUAAAUGAAGUUUUACCUAAAAGUAGAACACUUCACAAUAGUAACAGUCCGAUGAGUAUUUAGAGAUUAGAACUUAGAAGAUUUGGAACUUAGAGUUACUUAUAAAUGAAAUGA